GUUUCCUGAAUCUAACAGUCAUAUAGCACACUAACGGCCUAUAAUACACGUGGGAGUCUACAUGUGCUCAGCAGGGGAAGAAAAAUAACUGCAAACAUGUCUCAGAGUGCCAACGCCAGCAGUAUAGACAAUAAGACCCUGUCUAUACUUCAAACCAAAUGGACUAGUGACCUUGCGUCAGCCAUCUAUGUCAUUGUGACCCUAGUUAAUCUCUGUGGGAAUGGCAUUUCCAUGUGGCUGCUGUUGUUCCGCACCUACCCAAAGACCCCUUCCAUCAUCUUUAUGAUCAAUCUCACUAUUACUGACCUGGCAGUGGGUUUAGCACUCCCUUUCCAGAUCAUGUACCAAUUGAAUGGCUACCACUGGACCCUGGGUCCAAGCAUGUGCAACAUACUAACAGUCACCUUCUUUGUUAACAUGUAUUGCUCCAUUUUGACGAUGACGGCUAUCGGCGUUGACCGCUACAUGGGUAUUGUGAGGCCUAUGCACUUCAGAAAGGGAAAAGGAAAGAUCAGGAAUGCAAUUUUUGCAUGCAUCGUUAUGUGGGGCAUAGUUCUGGCAGUUCUCAGCCCAUUGGAGAAGACAGAUUUGACGUUUUACGUGAAAGAGCUCAACAUCACCACCUGCUUUGACAUUCUGAAGAAGGACAUGCUCCCAUCGAUCGCACACUGGGCAGCCUUCCUGUUUGCCAUGUUUGGCUUUCUGUUCCUCUGUCCCCUCAUCAUAACGGUGUACUGCUACAUCAGGAUCAUCUGUGCUCUCACCAAAAAAUCCAAAAGCAUCCAGAAAGGGCGUGCCGUGCGCUUGGCUUUUAUUGUCUUGUUUGUGUUUAUUUUCUGUUUUGCGCCUAACAACAUAUUACUCUUGGCCCAUACAGUCGCAAAGCUUUACUAUAACAAAUCUCUUUACAUGUAUUAUAAACUUUCCUUGUCAUUUAGCUGCAUCAACAGCUGCCUGGAUCCAUUUAUCUAUUAUUUAGCCUCAAAGGAUUUCCGUCGAAAGAUGAGACAGAUGUUGAGGCUGCAUAACCUCAGCACGGUGGAUACUGAAAUGAGUGAAGGCCGGAGAGAAAGUUUCCAUUCAGCUCGUACUGGCUCUAUUGGUAACGCAGAUGCUAAACUCACAGAAACACCCAUUAGUCGGACCAAUUCAAGUUUAUAGUUUUCAAAAUAUUAUGUAUAAAUUUGCAUCCAUUUUUACUUCCCUUGUUUCAGUUUCUUUAAUUGUGAAGAGGAAGCCAGCAUUGGCAUUUUCUACAGUAAUACUUCCUUCCUCAUUGUAGAUAGUGUUUUGUACCAUGCUUUUACAUCUAAUAUUUAAACAAUGUGUUUUAUGUGUUUUUGUAGCAUUUACAUACUUUUUACUCAUUGCCUGUGGUAACUCUGUCUGUACAAGGUGACUGCAUCUGUACUAACUAUAUUGCAAUUAUUUGGCAGUUUUGUCCCUACAUUUUUAAAGUAUUUGUUCUGCACAAUUCCAUAAAUAUUAUUUGAUUGACAUGCACUUUUAAGAAUCUCUGGGAUUUAUGGUAGCUCUUACUAAAGCAUUCUAGCUAAAUUUGUUUAUUUGUUUUAAUAAAUUUUCUUUUAAAGCUCAUUAUUUUAUGUCAACAAAUGUGUUUUGGAUAACAUUGCAUAUUGGCUACUUUUUGUGAUGCAGUAUCAUGGAAUACUGUGGCCUUCACAAUAAAUGUUGCUCAUUUAAAUAAAGCAUUUUGUUUCAUACUA